AUGUCACUCUUUAGAGGCGAUCUUUGUAGUCACAUUUCUGACGCUAUUGUGAAUGCAGCGGACGAUAAAUUGCAACACGACGGCGGAUUAGCAAAACACAUUGUGCAUUGUGCAGGAAAAUCAGUGCAAGAAGACUGUAACCGCUACAUAGAAAAGAACAAUAGCUUGCCAAUUGGUAACGCUAUGCACACGGGCAGUGGCCAUCUUCUUACAACCAAACAUAUUAUUCACACGGUAGGACCUAAAUGGCCAUCCCAGAUCGGUGAUACAGCUGCCACAAAACAAGUUGAACAACAACUGCAGAACGCAGUGUGUUCCUCAUUAAAUUUAGCAACUACUUUGAAAUGCAAGACUGUUGCUAUUCCAGCGAUAAGUUCUGGCGUCUUUAGAUGCCCAAGUGAUUUUGUUGCAAAACAUAUAGUGCAGUCUGUUAUUGCUUACUUCCGCGAAAACAAGACAACACUUACUGAAGUUCAUGUCGUUUUGCUUGAAAAAGAUACCGAGAAUAUACGAUGCUUCAAGGAAUUCAUGAAGAAAAAUCUCAUUCCUAGUGCAGAGUUCCUUGGUGAUGGCCAAAUAGUCGUUCCAGCUUUACAGAGUGGUAAUGAGUUAGAAAUGAGUCAAAGAAACUAUAAUACCAAAUUUUUUCGAUCAUGUGGGAGCUCAUUUAAAGUCUGUGUCAAAACUGGAGACAUUGCUAGAGAAGAGAGCGACGUCAUUGUCAACUCUACAAACAAAGACAUGGACAUGAAGGCGGCUUCAGCGUCAAAGAAAGUUUCUGAAAAGGCUGGUUCCCAUCUUCAAGACGAGUGUGCACGCUAUGUUAGUGACAAGGGACCAUUGCCAUCAGAAGGUACCUACACGAGCCGAGGAUACAAGUUGCCUUGCAAACACGUUAUUCACGUGAACUGUCCGAAAAAUGCACAGGGACUCUCCAGAGUCGUGAAAAAAUGUCUGAUUGAAGCCAACAGACUCGAAGCUACUUCUUUGUCAUUACCUGCUAUUGGAACGGGCGGGCUGGAAAUGCCUGAUCAAGUCGCAGCCAAAGGAAUAUUUGAUGGUAUCUACAAGUUUAAGGCAAGCGGGCGGUCUUCAGUUUGUCAAGUGAAUGUUGUAGUCUUUGAUGAGUUGAAAAUACCAAUUUUUAAGCAAGAGAAUACGAAGCGAGAAGCGGAGGAGGAAGACGAUGGCGACGUCGAUGAUGCGACGGUCGGGGUCAUUCGCCUUUCUAAUAGAAUCACUGUAGCUAUAGAGCAAGGUAAUAUUAAGAAUUUGAGGUCAGACGUUAUAGUAGCGCCCGCUGGAGUCGUACUGUCUGAAGUUUUAGAAAUGUCACCUAAAACUAAAUCAGAUUUCUCUCAACGGUACCAUAGCCAAGCAAACCCUGUAGCAGACCUUAUUGCUGGAGAUGAGCUCUUUUGUCAACGCGUUUACGCAUUAUCUGUUCCUUCCCGAUCUCAAACAGCAAGCGAUGAGCAAUGCAUCAAAACAAUACAAUCUGAAGUGAGCCGAUGUCUCUCUUUAGCCAACUCUAAUGGACAUUCGUCUAUAGCUAUUCCAGCAAUCGGCACCGGUCGCCUUGGAUACAGUAACAAACACAGUGCAGCUGCAAUAAUUGGCGCGUGCCGAGAGUUUACUUUAGACGUUACUGCGCCCAAACUAACGGCUCUUAUAAUUUGCUUGUUUGACGAUAAUGGAAUUGGCGACUUUCAAAGUGAGCUUAGAGCCUUGAAGCAGCAAUCGUCCAACCCAGAAAUCCCACUGAACAGCGGUUCUGCCGCCGAUCAUGAUUGUGUUAGUUUAACAAUAUUUGCUGAUUCACAACCUAACUGCAAAAUUGUUAGAAAAGAAAUAGUUGACUCUGUUCACCGUUUUUACAUCGAAAAACACGAAGUUAUUAAAUUUUGUCAAGGAUUUACAAAAAGGGAGAUCAAAAGACUGUCGCAAGAGUUUGGAGUCGAUUUGCAGUUUCCUGUACAAGAUGCUAACGAGGCUGCUGUCAAAGUGAUGUUUUCUGGACUUGAGGACGACAUUGUCAGAUUGUCCACAGAUGUUUUCCGUCGUUUAAACGUAGCUUUAAAAGACGAGUUUGAAACAUAUACAAAAGACAAAAUUAUGGAAGCCGUUUCCUGGUCAUGGAAGGACGACGACGAGUCAUUUAAGGAAUACACGCGAGAAGCGACUGUGGCAUUAGAGAACGCACGUCAAGCUGGUGAGAGAAUCGUAGAUAUUACCGCGAGCGGUAGAAAAUACAAAGUCGAAAUUUCGAAAGGGGUUCAAAAGGGAAUUGGAAAAGCAGUAAGAGAAGUCAAAAGGGAAUUGAGAAAUACAGACACUAGUGCAGAUCUUCCAUUAUGUUGGACUGAUCCAAAAGGCCGUGGUCACGACUAUCCACUGUACAAGUACAAACUCGAUCCAACUGACAGAGAAUUUAGAAACGUCAGUGAUGCAUUUACAUCUACCGGUGGUACAGGGAGCAUAACGUCUAUAGAGCGUAUUCAGAAUCCCAAAAUGUACAGAAGCUAUCUCAAUGAAAAACGGUACAUUGUGAAAACGCGUAGUAAAGAAAUUGUGUCGGGAAAAGCCGUACUACAAGUGCAAGGAUGGCAUGGAACAGACGCUGAGACGAUUGAGCAUAUAAUAACCAAUGGAUUUAACAGGUCUUACUCAGGAAAAGCAAAUGCAAAAUAUUACGGAUCCGGUAUUUACUUUGCAAAGAACGCUGAUUACUCGUGCGAUCGUAAGUACUCCAGAGUUGGUCCAAACGAUGAGAGAAAAAUGUUGUACUACGACGUACUGCUUGGAAUGUCUACUGUUGGAAAGAAAGACAUGAUUGAACCUCCGGUCAUUGAUCCUGCGGCAAGUCAGACGGACAGGUACGACUCGACGACGGGCAAUCCAGAAAAUCCUACUAUCUAUAUCAGCUGUUACAAAGACAACAGGGCAUAUCCAACAUACCUUGUGACGUUUACUUAG